UUCGGACGCGGGAGGAUUGGACGCAUUGAACAAAGGGGGUAGCAUAGCAGAGCAGCAGCCAAGUCAAGCCGCCACCGGACACCAACUGCCCUUUGCCUUCGCUUCUAUUCAACAUUAUUAAGUGAAAACAAGACCUAUAUGCCGCCUCCCCUCUCUCGUCUCCUCCGCACUCUCCACCCUCUCUUCCCUUCUUCAGCUCCGAUGGCGCGCGUUUUCUCACGCGCCACCUCUCUCCCUCUCUCAAAUCCUCUCCUUACCACUGCCUUCUCCUCCAUCCACUCUUCUUCUAGCCUGUCAUUCACUCCCAAAUUUAACCGCUUCCGCGUCCUUUGGUUAUCGAAACAUUCGGCGUUUGGUAAGAAUUUUCACGCUUUGAGCGGGGAAGGCGAUGGUAGGCUUCUGCGGCCAACAGGAGGGAGGGUUUGGGCGGCACAGCGAGGGUACCGUAAAGUGAGGAGGCGGGCGGUGCCGAAGAUUAGAGAGAAGGGGUUAGAGCUCAAUGUCAGCAUUUGCAUUGAAGAAAAGCUUCCCGAUGAUCCUGAAAUCUUGAGUAUUGCAGAAUUGCUUCGUCUUAACGUGCCAAUGGCAAUGAAGUUAGCGUUCGAUGAUUUAAAAGAUUCAGUUCAUAAAACAAGAGAUAUGGCUAUAAGGGAUGUUGGAGGAUUUGAAAGUGUUGAAUUGUCUGUACUUCUUUGCAAUGAUGAGUUUAUUCGCGAACUUAAUAAGGAAUGGAGGGAUGAGGACCAUGCUACUGAUGUUCUCUCCAUGUCACAACAUGUUCCUCAACUCAAGCUUCCAAUUCUUAUGUUGGGUGACAUUGUCAUAUCUGUUGAGACAGCUGCACGACAAGCAGAGGAAAGAGGGCAUACUCUUAUUGAUGAAAUCCGCAUCCUCUUGGUUCAUGGUUUAUUGCAUCUUUUAGGAUUUGAUCAUGAGAUCAGUGAAGAAGCUGAAGCUGAGAUGGAGAAGGAGGAGGAACUUCUUUUGAAGAGUCUUGGGUGGAAGGGAAAGGGACUAAUUCAGAGUGCAUAUGAUGCUGAAACUAAUGUGAAUCUUCAAACAGAAAAUUUACAUGACAGGAAAAAAGAAGGCUGUCUCCGAUUCUAUAAACCAAAAUUCAACUAUAUCUUUUGCGACAUGGAUGGGACAUUGCUGAACAGCAGAAGUCAAAUUUCCUGGACAAAUGCAAAAGCUUUGAAAGAAGCAUUGUCAAGGGGUGUAAAGGUGGUGAUAGCAACUGGAAAAGCUCGACCUGCUGCAAUAAGUAUUUUGAAGAAGGUGGAGUUAGCUGGUAAAGAUGGUGUUAUCUCCGAGUUAUCUCCUGGAGUUUUCUUGCAGGGGUUGCUUGUUUAUGGUAGACAGGGUCGGGAAAUUUUUAGAAGCAAUUUAGAUCCAAGUGUCUGCAGAGAGGCAUGCCUCUACUCUUUGGAGCAUAAGGUUCCUCUCGUUGCAUUCAGCAAUGACCGUUGCUUAACACUAUUUGAUCAUCCCAUUGUUGAUUCACUGCAUGCCAUAUAUCAUGAGCCAAAGGCAGAGAUCAUGCCUUCAGUUGAGCAUCUCCUUGCUGCUGCUGACAUACAGAAGCUGAUCUUUUUAGACACUGUUGAUGGAGUGGCUAGUUCAUUGCGGCCUUACUGGUCACAAGCAACUGGGGAUCGUGCAGAUGUUGUCCAAGCUAUUCCAUACAUGCUUGAAAUUGUUCCACGAGGAACAUCAAAGGGGAGUGGAGUAAAAUUGCUCCUUGACCAUUUGGGUAUCACUGCAAAGGAGGUAAUGGCCAUUGGUGAUGGGGAAAAUGACAUUGAGAUGCUUGAGUUGGCCUCUCUAGGCAUUGCUCUUAGCAAUGGAUCAGAGAAGACAAAAGCUGUGGCCGAUAUAAUUGGUGCCAGCAAUGAUGAAGAUGGGGUAGCAGAUGCCAUCUAUCGGUAUGCGUUCUAAACUUUUAGGUUCAGGUGUGAAAUUUUGAGUAAAGAUAACAUGAGAUGAUAUCAUUUUCUGGGAUGCAACCUGCCAAUUUUCAUGUUAUUUAUGGUUCUUUCUGAAGAAGGAUUAGGUGGUCCUAGUAGAUUAGAGAAUUUUUCUCUUCUUCCUUUAUUGAUUGAUUGAAUAAAUAGGGCAUUAACUAUGAUUGAGCCUUUUGAAGCAGGGUCCUGAAUAGGUUAUUUUAUCUUAUACAUUUUAUCCCAUUUAUUAUUUCAAUUUGGUAGAGGAUUGUGAGGCUUUUGUGCCAUUCUUUAUUUACGAGAUUAUGAUAAACAUUUUCCUAC